GGAUCGUUACUUCAACCGGCAACAUGAAAUUGAUCAUCCUAGCAGCUAUCAUCGGCGCGUGCGCAGCUGCGUCGCUCCCCGGCUACGUGGCACCUCAGUACCGCGCCUACUACCAGGACAGGCCUCGCGCUGCAUUGGAGAGGAAUGCGGCCAUUUUACGAUCAGUGUCCGAUGUCAACGAACAAGGAUAUCGUUUCGCUUACGACACGGAAAAUGGAAUCCAAGCCGAGGAAACCGGUGUAGAAGCUAAUGGAAUUCAAGCUCAAGGCGGCUACUCGUACACUGGUGACGAUGGCCAGAUCUACAGCGUGAGGUACACAGCUGAUGUGAAUGGCUUCCAGCCCCAGGGUGCUCAUCUGCCAACCGCUCCACCAGUACCCGAAGCUAUUGCCAAGGCUUUACAGGAGAACGCUAGAGAUGAAGCCAAUGGCAUCUUUGAUGAUGGUAGCUACCAUGCGGGUAAAUACGAUCAAGGCGUAUUUGCUGCUCGCACCUACACUACCCCGAGGUACAUAGCGCCCUUCGGAAAGCCCUACCGCUUCUGAACAACACGUAUUCGUGCCAUCGAUUAGACUAAGUUUUGUACAGUGCAAUGUUUACGCAAUAAAUUGAUUAUCAUUUU